UAUUAAUAAAGAAUGCAUAAUAUAUUUAUCUAUGUACGACAAUUCAUUACUAUUUUGUAAAUAUAAAACAUAUUUUUACAGUGUUCAUUUUUUAAUUUGAAAACAUUUACAAAUAUUGUAUUUAUUCUGUUACAAGAGUGCCAAGUUAUUUGUAAAAUAAGACAGCUUUAGUCAUGUGUACUGAUUGUAAAAAAAAUCAAAAAUUGUCAAUAUUAUUGAUAAUUUCAAUUUUGGUACUUGUGACAAAUCUGUCACUUAUUACAGGACACCGUUCUCCAUCUAAUUUAUCUUUUUUCCAAAUCAGCAAUAACGAAAAUAAUAAUAAAUCAUAUUUUAGUGAACAAAGAACUGAAAUUCUCGCUUUGUCUGAUAUUAUAAGAACACUGAAAGAAAAUUACUCAAUUCAUUUGAACGGAAAUAAUAUCAGUUUACAUCAUCAUCAUCAUCAUAAAAUCGGACUGAAAAUGAUGGAUGAAAAAGCACCUUUGUUUCCAACAGAUUUUUUCAGUAUCGAAGAACGUCGUCAAGGAGCUGUGCUUCUGCAUAUACUUGGAGUUAUUUACAUGUUUGUCGCAUUAGCUAUUGUUUGCGAUGAAUUUUUCGUACCAUCUUUGGAUGUAAUCAUAGAAAAAUUGGAUAUAGCGGAUGAUGUUGCUGGAGCAACAUUUAUGGCAGCUGGAGGUUCAGCUCCUGAACUCUUUACAUCAAUAAUUGGCGUUUUCGUAUCAUUUGAUGACGUAGGAAUAGGAACUAUUGUCGGCUCAGCUGUAUUUAAUAUACUUUUCGUGAUUGGAAUGUGUGCUAUUUUUUCGAAGACAGUCUUGUCGCUUACAUGGUGGCCUCUUUUUCGUGAUUGUACUUUUUACAGCAUAAGUCUACUAACAUUAAUUUAUUUCUUUAGAGAUAAUUACAUUUAUUGGUAUGAAGCAUUGGUGUUAUUUGGAUUUUAUUUAGCUUAUGUAAGUUUCAUGAAGUGGAAUCGACCGAUGGAAAAAGUUGUCAAAAGAUUAUUUUAUCACAAUAGGGUAACAAGAGUCAGAUCUACUGAUCAGCUUAUGCCAACGCAAAAUCUCACAGUAACUAAUAAUAGUGAAACAAGUGCCGGAAAUGUUUCUGUAGGACUUCAGAACAAUAUCCCUGCCACUCAUGAAAGUGAGCAUCAUAGCAAUAAAAAACAGGAAAAGUUCAAAACGCAAUCGACACCGCAUUCUUUAGGAUCUACAGAAAAUCGAGGAAGUCAUGCUAAAUUUAGACACGGUUUGCUUCAGUUGAUGAUUCAUACCAUAGAUCCUCUUCACGACGGUCAGUCACGUGCUGGAAAAAUUGACGAAAAGGCUACUCAACUGCACGCUAUUGCAUCAUUAAAAGUAUUAUUGGAUGCAACUAAAUCAAAUAAUGGAACAGCAACGUCUACAUCGGCAUCAUACGCUAAUAACGAGAUAAAUGAAUUAUCUGGAGAAGGUCAAGAAAACUCAAAAAAAAAUAUAAUAUCUAGUGAAUCUCCUGUACCUCCCGCUCUAUUUAUGAAUGGAAGAAUAUCGGCUACGCAAGAAUCAUCAGACAAAGGAAUAGAAUCGGGAGACGAUGAAGACCCCCAAGAAGCACUUGAUAUGACUUGGCCUAAUACACCCAGAAAAAGAAUAACUUACAUUCUUGUUGCUCCAAUUUUGAUCCCUUUAUGGCUAACGCUACCGGAUACUCGAACUCCUAAAGGGAAAAAAUUCUUCGCUGUUACUUUUAUAGGAUCUAUUUUUUGGAUUGCUGCUUAUUCGUAUUUUAUGGUGUGGUGGGCUAAUGUUGCUGGUGAUACAGUCAGGAUUCCCCCUGAAGUUAUGGGACUCACAUUUCUUGCUGCAGGAACUAGCAUACCUGAUCUUAUAACCAGUGUUAUUGUUGCAAGAAAAGGUUUCGGAGAUAUGGCUAUAUCUAGUUCUGUUGGUAGUAAUAUUUUUGAUGUUACAGUGGGACUUCCUGUGCCCUGGCUACUAUAUGGACUUAUUUAUGGAACACCCGUUGAAGUGAAUUCCGUAGGAAUGGUCUGCAGCAUUGCUAUUUUAUUUUGUAUGCUCCUUUUUGUUAUUCUCAGUAUAGCAUUCUUCAAGUGGCGAAUGAAUAAAGGAUUAGGAUUUACAAUGUUUUUACUUUAUUUCGUUUUUGUGACGGUAUCUUUAAUGUUCGAAUACGAAGUUCUGGUUUGUCCAGUUUGAUUUAUUACAAAUUAUAAAUCUAAUUAAAUAAUGAUGAUGCAAGUUUAACAAAAUCGGUUGUAAAAUAUAACUGUAAAUAUUGUAUAAACUCCAAAUCAAUCAAAUUAUUAUCUAGAUAGUUGUUACAAAUUUAAAAUAAAAUUGUUG